CGUGGUAUUUGUGGUGUUUCUACUGGGAGCAAAGUGCAAGGGUUAUGGCAUGAAAAUUGUCAUCGAGAUCGAGUCAGUGUCUUUCUUCGCUUCAAUCAGCUAGCACGCAUCGCAAGCAUGUCGGAAACCAAGAAAGUAUGCAUCGUCGGCUCCGGGAACUGGGGAUCUGCGAUCGCCAAAAUUGUGGGCAACAAUGUGCAGAAAUACGACUACUUGGACAACCGAGUGACCAUGCACGUUCAUGAGGAGAUGAUCGACGGCAAGAAGCUGACCGAGAUCAUCAACGAAACGCAUGAGAACGUCAAGUACCUGCCCAACCACAAGCUGCCUGCCAAUGUGUUGGCCGUUCCCGACAUUGUCGAUGCAGCCAAGGAUGCUGACGUCCUUAUUUUCGUCGUGCCUCACCAGUUCAUCCGCGGUCUGUGCAAAAGCAUGCUGGGCAAAAUCAAGUCCACGGCCGUCGGUCUGUCCUUAAUCAAGGGCUUCGACAGAGCCGAAGGUGGCGGCAUUGAGCUUAUUUCGCACAUUAUCCAAACCGAACUCAAGAUCCCGGUGAGCGUGCUCAUGGGCGCCAACCUCGCCCCCGAAGUCGCCAACGAGAUGUUCUGCGAAACCACAAUUGGUUGCAAGGACAAGACUAUUGGAAAUUUGUUCAGGGACAUCAUCCAGACUGAAUACUUCCGAGUUGUGGUCGUGGACGACGUAGACACGGUGGAGGUGUGCGGUGCCCUCAAGAAUAUUGUGGCGUGCGGCGCUGGCUUUGUCGACGGCCUGGGCUUGGGAGAUAACACCAAGGCAGCAGUUAUCCGGCUCGGUCUGAUGGAAAUGAUCAAGUUUGCUGAGGUCUUCUACCCUGGUUCAAAACUGUCCACCUUCUUCGAGAGCUGCGGUGUUGCUGACUUGAUCACCACCUGCUAUGGUGGCAGAAAUAGGAAGGUCUCCGAAGCAUUUGUUCGCACAAAAAAGACAAUCAAAGAGUUGGAGGACGAAAUGCUGAAUGGCCAGAAACUGCAAGGCCCUUUCACUGCCGAGGAGGUCAACUACAUGCUUAAAUCAAAGGGAAUGGAGGACAGGUUCCCCCUCUUCACUGCCAUUCACAAAAUCUGCGUUGGAGAGCUUCCUCCUGAGCAAAUGGUUGACUGCAUUCGCCAGCAUCCUGAGCACAUGAUUUGUUAGUCCAAAACCACACUAAACUUAGUAGACAAAAAUAGCACAUUUCUCGAGUGAGGGUAAAUUAAUACGAAGAGUUGGAUUAGCAAGACCCUCUGCCACAAAAAUAUAAACAUACUCCCGAUACUCCCACGUAGCGUCUCGAUAACCAAAGCGGGGCUAAAAUGACAAAUAAUACCAAAUCGCAGAUCCAAAUUAUUAUCCUGUUUGUUGAUUUAGAUGAGAGACUUGUUGUGAUGAUGAUGAAAAUGCGCCUAACAAUAAGUUGACACAUAUUAUUACACCAGCUUUAGGGCUCCGGCAAUUUGGUGGCGUGGCAAAAAGUGCAAUCUUUGCUGCGCACCCGAAUCGCAUGACCUUAAAACUUGAGCAGCUUCUGAGAAGUUGUAUCUGUACUAUAAACAGAGAACAAUAUUAUAAAUAAAUAAAACGAUGCUAGUUUUGAAUUUUGAGCUGUGAAGAGACAUUGAUCUUGAAGUAUAUUUCAACAUAUUUUGUCGGUGUUCAAACUUAAACGCAGCCACACAACUCAAAACAGAUUUUAACUUUAAAAAACUGUUGGGUAUUUACCUAUUCCUGGUUCGAAAUAACUUCUUGCUUUUCAUGGUUACAAUUGAUUGUACGACAGGUUGGUUAAAUGCCAUCUUUGACGUCUAUCCGGCCGCUGAGGAGUUCUGAUUUCGCAACUUUGGAUGUUAGAUGGUCUGUAUUCCGUUAUUUUGCAGUGCGCAUUCCGUGUCGCUCAGUCUAUUUUCUCUUCGUUUCAGUGCAAAUGUUAAUUGUUUAAUUGAUGAGCUCUAUGUGUUACCAAAGUUCUUGUUUUCGUUAAAUAAUAAAAAAUUGUUAUUAUAUACACACAUACAAAA